UGUAAUCAGCCAUAGUCACCUCCUGAAGGGCACUUCACCGCCUUCUUAGAACGAGAGCUACUAGUUUCUUUCUGUAUUUCACUAGAAUGAGGAGUGUAAAGAAGACAUACAUUUCACUCUUUCUCACCUUGGUGCAUGUUUGUCUAGCAAUACAAGCGGACUAUGCUCCUUAUUUUUUUGACAAUGGACCCAGCAGUGACACGGGCAACAUGGCUUUAUUCAGCCUUUCUGAGGACACGCCCGUUGGGACCCAAAUAUAUAUUCUCAAUGGGACAGAUCCAGAACAGGACCUGGUAACAUUUGGUUUGGCUUUUGAAGCAGGAUCAAAAGAGUACUUUAAAGUGGAUCCGAAAUCUGGAAAUGUAACUCUGAUUGAAGAACUUGACAGAGAAAAAGAAGAUGAAAUUGAAGUUCUUGUUAGUAUUUCUGAUGGCCUUAAUAAAGUGGUUGAAAAGGUGCGGGUGUUGGUAACCGAUGCCAAUGAUGAAAGCCCAGAGUUUGGAAACAUGUCUUUUAUUGUAAAUGUCCCAGAGGACACACCCUCAGGUGGCAGUAUUUUUAAAGUACAGGCUGUGGAUAAAGACACUGGUUCAGGUGGCAGUGUCACCUAUUACCUUCAGAACUCCCGGAUGACCAAGUUUGCCAUAGACAGGCACAGCGGGGUCCUUCGCAUUAAACCUGGAGAAGCUCUUGAUUACGAGAAGUCAAGGACACAUUUCAUCACGGUUGUAGCAAAGGAUGGUGGCGGAAAAUACAAGGGAAAAUACCAGGUGCUGUCAUCUUCAGCCACAGUGACCAUCAAUGUGAUAGAUGUUCAGGACACCCCUCCUUCCUUUGUUGGCACGCCCUAUUAUGCAUAUGUUUAUGAAGACACCGUACUGGGAUCUGAAAUAUUUACUGUUGUUGCCCAUGAUGGAGACAGAGGGAACCCUAAUGCUAUCCAUUAUUCCAUCAUAAAUGGAAGUGAUGGUUUUUUUGCCAUAAACAAUACAAGUGGAUCAAUCAGUCUUCUUGACUAUCCUGUCCAUCUUAAAAAGGAGGUGUAUGAACUUAGAAUCCAGGCCUCAGAAGUAAGUGAAGAGGGCAAUGUGGUGGCCCACGUGACUUCGACUGUGACAAUCCGAGUUGUGGACCUCAACAACCAUCCUCCUACAUUCUAUGGCGAAAAUGGACCUCAGAGUACAUUCGAACUGACAAUGUACGAACACCCUCCAGAGGGCGAGAUUCUGCGAGGAUUGAAGAUAACAGUCAAUGACUCCGAUCAGGGAGCCAAUGCAAAGUUCAACCUGAGGCUGGUGGGCCCGGGUCGCGUGCUCAGAGUGGUCCCUCAGACGGUGCUGAAUGAAGCACAGGUGACCAUCAUUGUGGAAAACUCUGCUGCAAUAGACUAUGAAAAGUACCAGUCCUUAACAUUCAAGCUCCUUGCUGUUGAAAUCGACACACCUGAGAAAUUCAGCUCAACUGCUGACAUUGUGAUUCAUCUCCUGGAUACUAAUGAUAAUAUUCCCAAAUUCUCUUCGGACUACUACAUCGCCAGAAUCCCAGAAAACUCCCCUGGAGGCUCCAACGUGGUCUCUGUAACGGCAACAGAUCCAGAUUCUGGUCUUUGGGGUGAGGUCAAGUACUCUAUCUAUGGAACGGGCUCAGAUUUGUUCCUCAUUCAUCCCACGACGGGAAUCAUCUACACUCAGCCAUGGGCUACUCUCGACGCAGAGGAGAAAUCAAAGUACAACUUCUAUGUGAAGGCGGAGGACACUGAGGGCAAGUACAGCCUGGCUGAGGUCUUCGUUACCAUCCUGGAUAUGAAUGACCACCCCCCCGAAUUCAACGAAAACUUUCUUGAAAAGACUAUGGUCAUCGGUGCACCCGUGAAAAUAGAGGCAAUAGACGAUGAUGCGGAGGAGCCCAAUAAUGUGAUUGAGUAUUCCAUCACGCAAGGAGAUCCAGAUAAUAUUUUUGACAUAAACACAGAGACUGGGGAGAUCAAGCUUAAGUCUUACAUUAAGUCAAUGGACAUAGUGCAGAACAUCACGAAGCAGAGGGACUGCAAAUGGUCAGUGGUGGUCCAGGCUAAAGACAGAGGCUCCCCUUCUUUCAGCACCACUGCAGUGGUGAAAAUCGACAUCACUGAAGCGACUCAACUCAAGGGGCCUAUGGCGGCCUUUUUAAUGCAAAGUAGGGACAACCCAAUGAAAGCCCUAGGUGUGCUCGCUGGUGUCAUUUGCGUUAUGGUAAUCGUAACGGUCUUGAUCUCCACGGCUAUGUUCUUGCGCAACAAAACGUCCAACAGGAUCACGCCGGCCCGCCGCAUCAUCAAGAAGAGGCCCAAAAAGCAUCCGCUGCGGACUCUGCACCGUGGCUGGUUCCCGUUCGGUCGCCGUGGCAACUCCUCUGAGAGGUUCACCGUUGAGGACCCAGGAAGUGGCGACGAGAAUCUGAAUAGCAACAACAACAUCAAGAUGCCGCCACCGCCUCCCAGCGCCCCUGCUUUGCCCCCACCCCCCCAGUACAUUCCCAGGCCCGACAAGAAAGUGUGGACUGUGCCAACGGUGUCCGGAUCACUGGUGUCCACAUCUGCCAAAACACCCGUCAGUAACAAAGAUGUCAGCUCGGCACUGGUGUCUGAGCUAAAGAUGAAGCUGGAGAAAAAGAUGAUAGAGAACAGUGCAACCCGCUAUUGAGUUAUUUUUGUUUUCAUUGUUAAAUGUUGGAUUUAAUCCUUGAUAGCUCAUAUGUCAGUAUUUGACUGUGAUGAUAUAUUACUGUUCCUGAUAGUCACAUGUCUUAUGAAAAAUAAUACACCUGAUCAGGAAGAACUGGAUGGGAUAAAAUGACAUUAUUGUUCGUUCUAUUGUGAUAACUUUAUGAGGAGUGUUUGCAUUGAAUAUUCUGGGACAAAAGGAGAUUGAAUAAUGUAAGUUAAACACAUUGAAAAUUGUUCAGUGAAUGGAAAUAUCAUACAGUAUGGGUUCAACUCUUUUUGAGUUGAGUUUUGUUUUGUUGAAGAAUGUCUGUUUCACCAUAAGAUUGAUUAGCCUUAUGUUAAGACAACACCAUAGAACUGUAAUUUGCUGUUGUCAUCUAACCAUACGUGAACACUGCACCUGCUCCUAGGAGACAGAUACUGUAAAUGGACUUUCUCCAACAAAGGAAAAUUAAUCACUGAUUAAGUGGGAGAACAUAUUUCUAAAUACAUUUGUAUAGGUAGAUGUGAAAGCAAUUUAGGGAAAUUAGUACAAUAUAAGUUUAAUUAAACAGUGCAAAGUCAAACGUGUUCAGGAGAAAAGGCUAGGAAAUCAUUUAUUAUAGCAUCAACAGGCUUACACACCUUUGUCCCUAAAUGUUCUUGUCCCUAAAUGAAUUAUUUCUUUCCCAGGGCACAAAGACAUUAUUCAUUUGGAUCAAUUUCAUUAAUUUAAUCAGGAAAACGUAUUAAUUCAGAGCUCUGAUGGAAAGAUGUACUGUAGAUGCGAAUGCUCAAAGUAAAGUUUGACAACCACAUUCUUUAAGGAUUCUGAAAAGUUGAACAGAAUUUUAUUUAAUUCAGGAAUCACAUUGGCAAAGUACUCAGAAAUUCCUUGAGAAAAUUGACACAUGCUUACAUUUUGUUGAUUUAGUCACUCCAAAACACUGAAUUUCUUCAUUUCAUCUUUUAAAUAGAAUGUGUGAAGCAGCUGUACACUAAUUGGCAUAUUUCGACAUGUGAUUGGUGUUUUGUGAUUGUGAAAUUUGAUUGGUUAUUUAUAAGUUUGCAGGCAUUGAAAGAAAAAACAUCCUAAUAUUCAAGCUGUAUUUCAAAUUCUUUUGGCCUAGAAAUGCUUCAGCUCCGUGAUCUUGGUCAGAAUACAUACUGUACUAAUGUGUGCAGUACACACUAAACAGCCUGGCCUUUAUCAGACUAUAAUGUUGGCACCGCACUGCCAUCUUCUGGAUUUAAGAUGCUUAUCAGCAGCUCCACUACAGUGGCACUAAUUAAGAGCUGAAAUCUCAAAACAGCUUCUAAAGUCAAGAUUUAACUGUGUCAAAUUGUCAUUGAAAAAUAUAUAUAUUUUUUAGAAUGUAAAAAAAUCCCAAUGAUUUAAUUUCUUUUGAGAAAGAAACAUGUCUUUAGUUGCAUCCAUCGUUAAAAAACAUACAAUAAACAAUGCUUUUAUAUUUAAUAUUUUAUUAUUAUUGUUGAUACUCUGUUUCUGGUAAGUAACUCAAAAAUAACAAAGAAAAAAAUGUGCAGUAAGUUUGAGGUUUUUUCAAAUAAAUCCAGAGAUGGAAGACCAAAUUAAAGUGAUACUAAAGUAGGACUAAAGUUUACUAAACAUUCACUUUGAAGCUACUAGAAACCCAGAAAGCUUGUUGUAUAACAGAGUAGAGUCCAGUGACCAAACUCACAAUGCCAAAGAUAUGUAUCUUAAUUAAAUAUUGCUAAAAAUAAAAAAUACAUAAAACAAAGGAUAAAUAUGAAAGUAGCAACAGUGGUGUUGGUAGGGCAAGUUGAACAUUACCUAUGUUGAGAUGCGGUUUUGUUGUAUUUUAUGCCAAUUAUUUAAAUUCCAUGUUUUGUUGUUUUUUUAUUAAUAUUUACUGUAUAUUUAUAACUGAACACUACGACUAGAAUGUCAUGUGAUUGUAAAAUAUUUAGUAUUUUAAGUAUCUUAAAUUUCACCAAGAACAAAAAAGUUCUAAAAUUAUGUUUACGUGAAAUAAUAAUGUUUUAUUGUUUAUCUGAUGUGGGGGCUGAUAUUGUAUCUUAUUUCCACUGAGUUGUGGUGUCGGAAAGUUUAGCAUACAGUAUUUUUAAAAUCACCUCUUCACACUUAAUCCUUUGACUAACUGGUUAGUUAAGAUGUGGUUAGUGGUGUGAUGUGGUUAUUGUGUGGUCAGUGGUUAGUUAAGAUGAAUGGAUAACUACAUUCAAAAGGAAAAGGCAAGGGGAUUCUGAGGGAUUCAGAGCAGCAAUCUACUGUAAGACCUAUGAGAUGAAGAAUUGUAGACAACACAUCAGACAUCAGCUUUGAAAUGAGCCCAGAUUAGCUUCAUUGGAGUGGUACAUCUUGGUAGAGUAUGUAUUUUAAUUGCUGAAGAAUGACGGCAGCUUAAGUAUGUUGUACAAAUAAUUGUUAGAAUAAUUGAUAUUAUGAAAUUAAUAUGGCAGAGUAGGUAAUUUACAUUACGUUUCAUCCAAUAAGCCAUUUAAAUUAUAUGAAAUUCUGCUUCUUCCUAUGGAUCUCGGUUUAUAAUAAAGACUUGCAGGAAUGCAAAUGGAUCACUAAACCAUCUUAAACAUGCUCAAGUGUUGUGAAGGUUUGACACACCUGUAAUAGUUUAAAUAGCAUUUUACUGGGUUUUGUGAGAUCAAGAAGGCUUCUCCAGAGAACAAACCAAUAACUUAGUUUUUCCCCCUAAUUCCACUCAAUUGAAUCAGAAAAUGUGCAGAAUAUAGAACAAAGAAAUAAUAUUCUGAAAAAAGCACAUACAGCACAGAAUACAAUGUUUCAGCUGUGGAGCCU